CUCGAUUGGAUUUGAGAUUGGAAAUCCGAACCCUAUUCAGAGAGAUCCAAAUCGGCCCAAACAAACCCAAUCAGCUCUUUUGCUCGUCGUCCGGUCCGUCUCUCUUCUCCACGGCACACACCGCCGCCGCCGCAUCCGGCAUCAGCUAGGGUUUGCGCUGCCGUCGUCGAGGAUGGACGCGCAGCGGGCUCUGCUGGACGCGCUGAUGGGUUCGUCGAGGAACCUGACGGAGGAUGAGAAAAAGGAUCACCGGGAGGUGGGGUGGGACGACCCCGACGUCUGCGCCCCCUACAUGGCCCGCUUCUGCCCGCACGACCUCUUCAUCAACACCAAGAGCAACCUUGGCAAUUGCCCCAAGAUCCACGACCCAAUCCUCAAACAAAGUUUCGAGGACUCCCCGAGGUAUGCUGCCAUCCUGCCCAAAUUCGAGGCGGAGCUCGCGCACCGCUGUGAGAAGCUGGUGCUGGACCUUGACAGGAAAAUCAGGCGUGGCCGAGACAGGCUUGCUCAAGAAGUCGAAUUACCGCCUCCUGCCCACGGUGACAAGUCCGAGCAGCUCUCCAUGCUCGAAGAGAAGAUCAAGAAGCUGCUGGAGCAGAUCGAACAGCUCGGCGAGUCUGGCAAAAUUGACGAAGCUACAGCGCUUAUGAGGAUGGUUGACGUUCUGAAUCUCGAGAAGGCGGCUCUGACCAACCAGAUAGAGAAUAAGGCCCUCAUGAUCCCGCAGGAGAAGAAGAUGGAGCUUUGCGAGCAAUGUGGUUCGUUCUUGGUGACCAAUGACGUCCUCGAGAGGACGCAAUCCCAUGUUACCGGCAAGCAGCACAUCGGUUAUGGUCUCGUCAGGGAUUUUCUUGCGGAAUACAAGGCUGCAAGAGAAGAGGAGAGGCUUGCGAGGGAGAAGGAAGUGGACGAGCGCCAGAGUCAGAGGGAGAGAGGGUCUUACCACAACGGAGGCCGACGUGACGUACCUAGGGAGAGACCUGGUAGAGAGCAUGAUCGUGACCGGUACUGUGAGCGCCACCGUGACAGGGGGAGGCCCUAUGAGCAUGCAGGCAGAGGGUCAGACUAUAGAGGCGGUUCCUACAACAACCGGAGAGAUUACGAAAGGGAGAGGCACAGAGACGGUAGGAAUGGUGAUGCAAGAAGGAACAUGGGGAGAAUGAGGAGCAGAUCACGGUCUCCGGGCAGGCACGGUUAUUAAAUCAUUAUGAAGAAGGCCAGGCAAUUAGUUCGAGUUAUCAGACUUGCGAGGUAGACCGUUAUGCCCUUUACUUGUUUAUUCUGUGCCGAUGGGUUUGAGUCCGAGUUAUGUCGUCAUUAUUAAAGUUUAAACCUUACUCUGCUCUAGCAGCUUUGUUGAAACCAUAUGGUCUUUUAGAGGAAAAAAAAACCAGUUGAAGGUAUCAUCUGUCCUUGUGUAAUUUAUUGUUGCUUUAUAUCUUAUGUGUGCUCUCAGGUUGUGUUUUCAGUCUAGGAACUGAAAAAUUGUUAUGCAAAUAGAGCUGAAAGCCGUAUGGCAGGUAUUCCAUAACCUCUCUGUCUUAUACAUGUUAAAACUGGAAUUGAUAUGUAUGGUUGGGUAGGACCUGGAAGCAUUAGCCGGAGGUGUUUGUGGUGGAAGAACAGGUAACAAUUUAAACAAAUGGUUUAUUUGAGUAAUAUAAACUAGUGUAACAGCAGCUACUAAACUAAUUGGUUGACUUGAGGUAGCACUAGGCCAAGGUAUUUGGGGAGAAGAACAGGUAACACGCUACUACACUAAUUGGCUGUUUUGAGUAAUAAACUAACGCAACAGCAGCUACUAGCUAAAUGCUCCAAGCACUCUAAUCACCAUACCAGAUGUUUGCAUGAUUUGCUUGUUCUGUUUUGUGCUUGCGCUGUUGCUGCCUCGGCAGUGCUGAUCCAUCUCUGGCAGCUGCCCUUCCUCAUGUCGCUCACCUAGGACAUCGUUUUUUUUAUAACCCUGUCUUGUACAUUUAAUUUUCACUGCCAGUGUAGAUAUUGUGUGUAUUACACCAUACAUUUCCUCUUUAUGAAGAGAAAUCUACGGGGUAUUAUCUUCAGAUACGGCGGCCAUUAGUAUCUGCAGUAGGGGGUUUCUUUGAAUCGGUAAAGAUGGUGAUUGUCGACAUUGGAGAUUAUCUUACCGGAAGAUUUGAUGUAACCCGUGCUGUUUUUGAAUUACAAACAUCAUUAGAUCAUGUGUGUGGAAUUCUUCAAGCAAAUCAUCCAAUUGUGUGCAUGCUUA